CUCAUUGUCAUUGGAGGCCAACGUUCGCGUAUUUGGCUUGGGCGACCGAAAGAGUUAAGAUACCCCCCUGGUUCAGAUUCCUUUUUAUCGUGUCAAUGGAUUCUUCAAGCAAAUACUCCUCAACAAAUCGCGCAUACCCAUACCCUAAAGAUUUGAAGGUGGAGGAAUCGGUCCCCGACAAGCUUCAACCUAGCAACUACUUUGAGUGGAAAAAACAAAUGUUGGACAUCAUUACCCGUAACGGCUUGCUUGGUUUCAUUGACGGCACCGUUAAACGCCCGCCCGAGACCCAAACGGUGAUCAUCAAUAACGGUCCAAACGGCGGUGGCACAAAUUCUGAGGAGAGGAAAAACGAGGAAUACGUGGCAUGGAAAGAAUCGGAUGAUCUGGUACAGAAUAAAUGGAUUAAGAGCAGGCUCACGUAUAGUAUAAGGAGACAGGUGGAGCACCUCAAAACUGCUAAAGAGGUUUGGGAAGCUCUUCCUCGACUGGUUGAAGACAUAAAGAAGAGGCUGAACCAUUAUUUGCCACUCUACAAAGCCGCAAUCGAAGGUGAAUGGGAAAAAGCCGCGAAAUUCUUCACAGGAGAAGAGUCAGAUGCAGUACUGAGGGCCCCCAUUACACUCCACUCAGAAACGGCACUCAUCGUGGCCGUCAGAGCGGUACGGAGAAAUAGAUUUAUGGAGGAAUUAGUGAAUAGGAUGUCACCGACGGACCUCGCCAUCAGCGACGACAUGGGCCGGACUGCGCUACACAGGGCGGCCGGAUCCGGCAACAUUGACGCAGCGAAACUGCUAGUGGGGAAGAACCGGGGUUUGCUCCAUUUGGAGACCCAUUUCAAACAGACGCCUCUGUACUAUGCUGCUGCCCGUGGCGACAGGAAGAUGAUUCUUUGGUUGAUGGAGGUCAUGGAGUUGAAGACCAAACCGCUUGAGGGUAAACCAGGGUUCGACAUUUUAUAUCAGCUCAUAAUUAGCGACCUAUACGACAUUGCUCUAACAGUGCUUCGGGACAACCCAAAGUUGGCAUUCUUCAUUCCGGAGAAGGAAGAAGGUCUCAAAUUUCAUGCUUUGACUGCAUUGGCUGGAAAUCCUUCUUCAUUCCCAAGUGGAAACAACUUCAGCUUCUUGCAGGAAUUCAUCUAUUCCAGUAUGAAGUUGGAAAACAAUAUUCCAGACCGUAGUAGAAGGGAUAUAGAGGCUCCUCCUGCUAGCAACAAUUCUGGUGCGGCUAAUGGAGGCUGGGGUUGUGCAGUGAAGAAGAGAUUGCAUGCGAUGUUUUGGAAAGUCACUGAAAAAUUCGUGCCAUUGAUUAAGCCCAUCCGAGAGAAAAAAAUGCUACACGAUCAAGCACUUGCUCUUCUCCAACUCCUUUGCGAGGAAGUUAUAAAGUCAGAUUUCUCAAACGCAGAUAGGAUAUUUCAGCUACCAUUACAGCAAGCAACAUCCGUGGGAAUUCCUGAAAUUGUUGAAAAGAUUUUGGGGUUGUACCCUUAUGCAAUUUCUUUUGAAAACCAUCAGAAGCAAUCGAUUUUCCAGCAGGCCAUUGUGUUCCGCCAAGAAAAGGUGUUCAAUCUAAUACACCAACUUGAAGAGUCUAAGGAAAUAGUUCUAUCAAAAUGGGACACUUCAGGCAACAAUUCUCUUCAUUUGGCUGGGUAUGUGGCAGAUCCACAACUAGUCUACCUCAAAGCCGAUGCAGCUUUUCAGAUGCAGAGAGAAUUGCAGUGGUUCAAGGAAGUUGAAGGACUUGUAGCUUCAAAAAACAAAGAACAGAGGAACAAACAAGGAAAGACACCGGCACAAGUGUUUAGCGAUACACACAAAGAGUUGGUGAAAGAAGGAGAGCAGUGGAUGAAAGCUACUGCAGAGUCAUGCACAAUCAUAGCAUCUCUUAUUGCUACCGUAGUGUUUGCGGCUGCUAUACAAGUACCGGGUGGAAGCGACGACAACGGCCGCCCAAUUUUCAACCAACAAACGGCCUUCACAAUCUUUAGCAUAGCUAAUAUGCUUGCUCUUUUCUCAUCCAUUGCUUCCGUGCUCAUGUUCUUGUCCAUCUUCACUUCUAGUUAUGCAGAAGAAGAGUUUCUCUUUGCCUUACCCAAUAGAUUGAUUACUGGUCUGAUUAGCCUCUUCGCCUCCAUAUUAUUCACGAUAGCAGCCUUUGGUGCCACAUUCUAUCUUACGUUUGGCGAAAACAAGGGAUGGAUUCUUAUUCCAGUAGUUGUAUUGGGUUGUUUACCUGUGAUCAUGCUUGCAGUUUGGCAAUCUCCUCUCCUUGUGAAGAUGAUCAAGUCCACAUACGGUUCAAGUAUUUUUGUUAAGCGAAGUGAUCGUAUGCUCCUAUAGGUAAGAUAUCAAAACUUGAGACUCUAGAAACAAAUUAAGAAUUCGGUGGCCCGAAGCAGUAACAAUGGAAAAGGUCUUUUUAGUCUCAUUGGAGUCAUGCAAAAUAUUAUGAUCAUCUUAUGUAAUUCUGAUGUAGGACAGAUUGGCAUGUUCUAGUUUUUGAUUCCCUUUCUGUAAAUAAGUCAGAAUUGAUUCCCAUCAAUUCUGCCUUAGCACUUAUAUUAGUUAGUCCCCAUCCUGUCCUAUAUUUUCUUUUAUGCAUUUUACCUUUCUUUUUUUUCAGCGUCAGCUGUCGUUAUUAAUAAGAGGAGGAUGUACUCUGGAGUUACUGUUUUGCUUAAUAAAAUUCUGCACUUUGUUAUAUACAGAGUUGUUUUCCUA